AUAUUGUAUUAGGAAAGCCGUAGGUUGUGUGUGUAGUUUAAAUGUAAGAGGAAAAUAGGGCAUAUUAAACUUCAUCUAUUAACUACAUGAUUGUGUUAUUUCUGAUUGUUCUUGGCUGCUUUCCUUAUUAAAAGUAGAUUUUCGUCGAUUGUACGUGGAUAUUUCAGACGUCCUCAGCAAUACUCGAAGUUCUACAUACGUGGUCGUCUAAUGUUAUCGUUUAUUGGUACUGAUUGGACAGUUUCACUGUUACAUGCCGGUUCCUAUCUAAAUAUUGAUGAUAUUUUGGCAUCUAAUGAACGUACAUCAUGCCGCGUUCGUGUAUCACUACCAUCUCUGGCUCCACUGCUACUUUCAGAUGUCAAAGAUAAAGUACAUGGUGAAGGCAUUAAUGAUGAUUGCAAAGCGUCAAAUGACGUCCCAGUAGGAAAAAGAGUUGAUCUACCGGUUUGGCUAGCUAUCGCUAUCGGUAGCGGAAGGAGACAAAUACUGAGCAUAGACUUACCUCCAAUUUAUCGAGAUGCCUUUACUGAAGUGUUCGAAGCAGAUCCUUGUGUAGUUGACCUUAAAAGAAAAGGAUCUAUGUAUUACAUGUUAUUAUGCAACUUACUGAUGUCAGGUCAUGUAAGAGUCCCACAAAUUGUUGCUACUGGCACUAAGGUUUUUCAGUCACGAUUGAAGAUGAUUAUGGAUGCCUCACUUAAUGCUUCUCGACAAGAUACUUUGUCGUCUACAUCUAAAUUUGACUGCUUGGAAAUGGCUUUAUUUCGGAUUGGUCAAACAGAUAGAUUACAAUUUGAACGUUGGAUUUCACGCCAUCAUGAAAAGAUUGAAGCCUCAAGAACAUUUCGUUCUAUACCUAUGAAAUAGAAAUUAUUCAUUGUUCAGAGUUCUAUUUUAUCUAAAGAAGGGUGAUUAUUGUAGUCAGACGCUCUUUGUACAUUCAUAAUACACAAUCAUAAAAUAACUUAAAACGUAAACCUAACGCGGAUCUUUGUAAAUUCUGUAAAUUCAGAUUGUAAUCAAUUUUUUAUUUAUGAUCAUCAGAAUACUUUCAGCUUAUUCUGAAAUAACUUUGUUUAAAUUUGGUCACCCGUUUUUCUUUUAGAUAUAGUGACAGGUGUUCAAAGAAAUUUCAAAUGAUGUUUUGAAUUUUGUGAAACUGUUUCACUUAGACAUUUGAUAGCUAACCAGUAGAUCACUCGCACACGAACUUUG